AUGAAGCAGACUCUCGCAGCAAUCUUGGCGACCUCCGUCCACGGCAUUGUGAUCCACGCGCCCGCAGGUUCGAACUUCGACUUUGGCAGCAGCAAGUGCCCUUGCGUGGGCAUUGCUGGCUUGGAGGGGACCAUUGAGGUGAAGCUCAACAAGACGACCACCGCCGACUUCCCUGCCGACUUCGGAGCCCGCUGCGAAGCCUGGGACAACAAGCGCAACAGCCUCUACUGCAUGCCAGGCCAAAAGCCGGGAGCUGACAACGGUUGGUGCAAGGAGCCCUACUGCUACGUGGACCCGUGCAAUUGCGACCUCGACAUCCCGCCGACCAAGUCAGGCAGCUAUACGCCCGGUGCCAGCUACCAGGGAAAGGGCCUUUGGUACUCCUAUGCGACUUGCGGAGGCAAGGACUACUGGAUGGAAGCCGAGACCAAGAAAAAACAGCAGGAGGACAAUGGCGUGUGCGCCAAGAAGAUCGAUGAAAAGAAGUGGGGAAAGAAGUCUUGCCGCUGCGUGGGCUACGAGGAUGCCCCGGGUAACCUGAACGUGACCAUGGGAAAGAAGGACUUCGAGUACCCAGCUGAAGCAGGCGCAAGCUGCGAGUCCUGGGAUGCCAAGAGGCAUCCAGAUUGCAUGGGCGACAAGCCAGCCGACUGGUGCAAACAGGCCUGGUGCUACGUGGACCCAUGUGAGUGCGACUUGGAGGUCCCACCCAAGACAUCCUCGUAUCUGCCCUCAGGCCUCGUGAACGGAAAGCCUGUUUACUUCUCCUACGCUACCUGCGGUGCCAGUGACUCCUACAGUGCCACGAACAAGGAGGCCUGCGUCGCGCAGAACUCUGAGAACAACUGCACCAAAUUGGACAAGUGCGCAUGGAACGGAACCGCCUGCCUGGGCAAGGACAUCGUGCAGGCUUGCUCGGCCAAGAGCAGUGCAGGUGCAAUCAAGGCGAGUUUUGCCCUGGCUCUUUCUCUCCUCGCCGCCUCUUUUGCUGCGUAA